AAAUUACAUCAUGCUACUUAAGUUUCCACCAGCCACAUUACAAAAUCUCUUGUCAUAUGCAAAAAAAGUUGUGUAAUUUUUCCUUACUACACAAAAAUGAGGUUCCUAUGUAUUAGAUUAUGGAUUCUACUAUUCAUAAUCUCUACCACAAUAAUAAGUUGCAAUGCCAAAUCCUCACAGAAAAAUAUACUAACAGCUACCAACACCACCAAAUUCUCACACAAAAAAAAUAUGCUAACAGCUAUCAACACCACUAAACCCGGGUGCCCACGAAAGUGUGGCAACUUAACAAUUCCGUACCCAUUUGGUAUCGGAUUUAAAUGUGCCAUAAAUUAUUAUUUUACCCUCACAUGCAACACCUCAUAUGAUCCUCCUAGAGCGUUCACUAUGCUUGACCUUGGUACAAAUAAUCGAUAUGCUGAUGUCUUGAAUAUAACUGAAACACAAUUGCUGCUACGAAACUCUCAAAUAGCUUCGAAAUGCUAUGAUUCGAAUGGAAAUGUGACUUCGGAGAGAAUAAUAAACUAUGAUAUAGUUGAUUCUCCCUUCACAUUUUCGAAGAUUUGGAACAAAUUAACUGUCGUUGGUUGUGAUGAUUAUGCAUUAAUUGCUGGUUAUACAGGAAUCCUCGCAAAUGGGUCUAAAACCGAGUAUAACACCGUUGGAUGUCUUGCUUUGUGCUCUAACCCGGUGGAGUUAACACCGGGUGCUUGUUCGGGUUUGGGUUGUUGUCAUUCAUCUAUUCCGAUUGGGUUGCAAUCUUUUAUGAUCACCCUUUCGAGCUUGCGAAAUCAUACCGCGCCUAGGAUAUCGAGUUUUCAGCCUUGUGCAUAUGCAUUUCUGUCAGGAGGUGAUAGUUUUAAAUUUGGAGGGGUUGGAGAUUUUAGUCCAAACAGAGUAAUUGAUCGAACAAGAGAUGAAAUUCCUAUGGUCCUUGAUUGGUUUGUUGGGGAUUUAAACUUUAGUUCUAACACUAGGCCUAAUUGUUAUGAGGCCAAGAGGAAUUUGAGUACAUAUGCUUGCCAAUCGAAUACUCAAUGUGUCGAUGUCGUUGGAGGAGGAUAUCGUUGUCGAUGCAAAUCCGGUUAUGAGGGAAAUCCUUAUCUCAAACCAGGUUGUACAGAUUUUGACGAAUGUGGUAUAUCAAAUCCAUGUAGCAUAAUAUGUCAUAACACACCUGGGAGCUUCGAAUGCUUAUGCCCAACCGGAUAUUUUGGCGAAGGAUUGAAAUACUUUGGUACUGGUUGCAUAAAGCGUAGAGACAAUAGCUCAUCCACAUCCUUGACGAAAUUGACUCUUGGGCUUGGCAUAUCCUUGGGAUCAAUACUUGUAGUCCUUUGUGGUUGGGGUUCAUAUGCUCUUUUUAAAAGAAAGAUGAUAACUCGGCAAAAGGUUAGACACUUUGAGCGUAAUGGGGGCUUGUUGUUACAACAACAAAUGUCUUAUGAUGAAAGUGCUAUGGCAAGAAUGAAAAUCUUCUCAGCUGAUGAAUUAGAUAAAGCCACUGAUCACUUCAAUGAAGAUAGAAUACUAGGAAAAGGCGGACAAGGUACCGUUUAUAAAGGAAUGUUAAGCGAAGGUAAAAUCGUUGCCAUUAAGAAAUCUAAACUUCUAGCUGAAAGUCGCUUGAUAGAAUUCAUCAAUGAAAUGGUGAUUUUAUCGCAAAUUAAUCAUCGAAAUAUAGUUAAGUUAUGGGGAUGUUGUUUGGAAACUGAAGUCCCAUUACUAGUUUACGAGUUUAUUUCAAAUGGUACUCUUUUCGAUCACAUUCAUCACCCAAGUGAAGAAUUUCCUAUAACUUGGCGAAUGCGUUUGCAAAUCGCAUCUGAUUCAGUUGGGGCACUUUCUUACUUGCACUCAUCAUCUGCAACUCCAAUUCUUCAUCGAGAUAUCAAAUCCUCUAAUAUACUUUUGGAUAAUAAGUAUAGGGCAAAGUUAGCAGAUUUCGGGACUUCAAGAUCAAUUGCACUUGAUCAAACACAUGUAACUACUCGUGUUGUAGGAACAUUUGGUUACUUAGACCCCGAGUACUUCCAAUCGAGUCAAUUCACAGAAAAGAGUGAUGUUUAUAGUUUUGGAGUGGUACUAGUCGAGCUUCUAACAGGACAAAAGGCAAUACGUUCAAAGUAUGAAGAAGAUAGAAGUUUGACUUCAUGGUUCCUAUCACAUAUGGAAAACUCUCAUUUGCUUGAUAUUGUCGAUAAUCAAAUACUAGAGGAGGGUUCAAAGGAAGAGUUUCAAACUAUUGCCAAUCUUGCAAAGCGAUGUUUAAAUUUGGAAGGAAAGAACAGACCAACAAUGAAAGAAGUCCUAUUAGAGAUAGAAGCGGUAUUAUCACUUCAUUUGCCCCAACAACAUGUACCAAAUUUAAAACACACACCCAAUAGUCUUCCAAAUGCAAACACAUUUUACUUAGAAAAUAACUCUUUAAACUCUGCUGAAUUAUCUCUACUUUUCAACCCUAGAUAAUAUAAUAUUAUACUAUUGGUAUUUUCUUUGUAUUUUAGAAUCUCACUUCACCAUUUAUAAUAUUCAUCUGUUUAUAUGAUGUACACUAAAA